AUGAGACGACUGGCUGGGUCAUCACAGUAUUCCCUGACGAGCUUCCAGGAAUUCCCCCGAGAGAAUGGCUUCUGCAGAGCUAAGGGAAUUGAAGGAACAACUGAAGGACUUUCUCAAGGCUUUAUUAGGCCAAGUACAUCCCCAUGGGGUGCUCCGGUGCUCUUUGUUCGAAAGAAAGAUGCCUCAUUGCGGAUGUGUAUUGACUACAGGAAACUAAAUAAAAUCGACUUGCGAUCCGAUUAUCAUCAGCUACGAGUCAGGGAAAUUGAUAUCCCAAAAACGGCAUUUAGGACGAGGUAUGGCCAUUUUGAAUUCCUUGUCAUGUCUUUCGGGCUUAUAAAUGGCCCAGUAGCCUUUAUGGAUCUUAUGAAUCUGGUAUUCAAACCAUUCUUGGAUGAAUUUGUGAUUGUGUUUAUUGAUGAUAUUCUGAUAUAUUCACGAACGGAAGCCGAGCAUGCGGACCACUUGCGAGCUAAUACGGCAAAAUCUUCUUUUGUUACUGAAGUGAAAGAGCGACAACACGAAGAUCCUGAGCUUAUAAAACUGAGGGAAAUCGGAGAGCUCCGUGCCGAGAUUCUUUCGGAGGCCCAUUAUUCUAGAUAUGCAGUUCACCCCGGAGCGACAAAGAUGUAUCGGGAACUUCGACAGAUCUAUUGGUGGAAUGGAAUGAAAAAAGAUAUUACGGAGAUGGACAUGAUAAAUAUGGACUUCAUCACUGGUUUGCCUUGCACUCCACGGAGGUAUGAUGCUAUUUGGGUAAUUAUUGAUAGGCUUACAAAAUAUGCUCAUUUCCUGCCAGUCAGGACGACAUAUUCAGCCGAGGAUUAUGCCAAGCUUUACAUUCAAGAGAUUGUUCGCCUUCACCGAGUGCCAUUAUCUAUUAUCUUUGAUCGAGGGGCUCAAUUUAAAGCACAUUUUUGGAAAUCUUUUCAAAAGGGUCUAGACACUUUCCAAGAUAAUAUUCAGAUGGUUCCUUAUGAAGCACUAUACGGGCGGAAGUGUAGGUCGCCGAUCAGUUGGUUCGAGGUCGGGGAAGUAGAGUUACUAGGUCCUAAUUUAGUCCAGCAAGCAAUGGAAAAGUGCAUUGGAGAUCCUUCACAUAUUACGCCCAUUAAGGAUAUUCACAUUGCUGAAGACUUAUCUUAUGCAGAGGUACCAGUAGCUAUUUUAGAUCGGCAGGUAAGAAAGCUUCGAACUAAAGAAGCGGCUUCCGUGAAAGCGUUAUGGCGAAAUAACAACAUCGAGGAAAUGACCUGCGAAGCUGAGGAGGAAAUGAGGAAGAAGUACCCCCACCUAUUUACGACUUAA